AUCACCAACCAUUCUCCCAGGCCGAUUGAUUAUUCACUCGUUGGGAUUAUUCCUGAAGAGUGACUACAUGGUGUCCAGGAGAGAGCCAGGCCAGAGGUCUUGGAUUCGAAUUCAGCCUAAGUCCCCGGUACAGUUAUGGCGGCCUUGGCUUCAUCACGUGAUGGCUACGGGCGGAAGCGGAAAUUUAGCGGAAGAGAAAGAAGAAAAGGCCGGACCGUUCGGAGUGGAGUGGACGCCCCAGGUGUGGGGGGAUCCGCGCGCAGCCAUGGACUGUUACACUGCGGACUGGAACCCCCUCGGGGAGGCGGCCUUCUAUCGGAAGUUUGAGCUCUAUACCAUGGACUGGGACCUGAAGGAGCCACUCAGAGACUGCCUGGUAGCUGCGGCUCCUUAUGGGGGCCCCAUUGCUCUAUUGAGAAAUCCUUGGAAGAAGGAGAAGUCACCCAGUAUUCGCCCAUUGCUUCAAAUUUAUUCAUCUUCUGGAGUGGCUCUAGCCAGCUUGUUGUGGAAGAGUGGACCUGUGGUGUUACUGGGCUGGUCAGCAGAGGAAGAGCUGCUGUGUGUGCAGGAAGAUGGCUCUGUACUGGUCUAUGGGCUGCAUGGUGACUUCCGGAGACACUUCAGCAUGGGCAAUGAGGUGCUCCAGAACCGGGUUCUGGAUGCCCGUGUGUUCCACACAGAGUUUGGGUCAGGGAUUGCCAUCCUCACUGGUGCCCAUCGUUUUACACUCAGUGCCAAUGUAGGUGACCUGAAGCUUCGUAGGAUGCCUGAGGUGCCAGGACUCCAGGCUCUGCCUUCAUGCUGGACGGUUUUGUUCCAAGACAGAGUGACCUUUGUGCUUUUAGCUGUUGGUCCUGACCUCUUCCUGUUAGACAAUACAGCCUGCUCGGGGGUGGUGCCCCCUGGCUUGGCUCCAGGAGUGAGUGGCUUUCUCCAGAUGGCUGUGUCCUUCAAUUAUCGGUACCUGGCAUUAUUUACUGACACAGGCCAUAUUUGGAUGGGCCUGGCUUCCCUUAAGGAAAAGCUUUAUGAGUUCAACUGCAACAUUCGAGCCCCGCCCAAGCAGAUGGCCUGGUGUAGCCGUCCAAAGGGCAAGCAAAAGGCUGUCGUGGUGGCCUGGGAGCGACGGCUUCUGAUAGCUGGAAAUGUGCCCGAAAGCAUCCAGUUCGUACUAGAUGAGGAUUCCUAUUUGGUGCCUGAGCUGGAUGGAGUUCGGAUCUUCUCGCGAAACAUCCAUGAAUUUUUACAUGAAGUUCCAGUGGCCAGUGAGGAGAUCUUCAGGAUUGCCUCCAUGGCCCCAGGAGCCCUUCUACUGGAGGCCCAGAAGGAAUAUGAGAAAGAAAGCCAGAAGGCGGAUGAGUACCUCCGGGAGAUCCAGGAGCGGGAACAGCUGCCCCAGGCCGUCCGGCAGUGUAUCGAGGCUGCUGGCCACGAGCACCAGCCUGAGAUGCAGAAGAGUCUGCUCAGGGCAGCCUCCUUUGGAAAGUGUUUUAUUGACAAGUUUCCACCAGACACCUUUGUGCGCAUGUGUCAGGACCUGAGAGUGCUCAACGCUGUCCGGGACUAUCCCAUUGGAAUCCCUCUCACCUAUACCCAAUACAAGCAGCUCACCAUCGAAGUUCUGCUGGACAGGCUGGUGUUGCGGCGACUCUAUCCUCUGGCCAUCCAAAUCUGCGAGUACCUUCGACUUCCUGAGGUUCAAGGUGUCAGCCGCAUCCUGGCCCACUGGGCCUGCUACAAGGUACAGCAGAAGGAUGUGUCGGAUGAAGAUGUUGCCCGUGCCAUUAACCAGAAGCUUGGAGAUACACCGGGUGUCUCCUAUUCAGACAUUGCUGCCCGCGCCUAUGGCUGUGGCCGAACCGAGCUAGCCAUCAAGCUGCUGGAGUAUGAGCCCCGCUCUGGGGAACAGGUGCCACUUCUGCUGAAAAUGAAGAGAAGCAAACUGGCCUUGAGUAAGGCCAUUGAGAGUGGGGACACUGACCUAGUGUUUACAGUUGUCUUACACCUGAAGAAUGAACUGAAUCGUGGAGAUUUCUUCAUGACCCUCAGGAACCAGCCUGUGGCUCUGAGUCUCUAUAGACAGUUCUGCAAACACCAGGAGCUGGAGACACUGAAGGAUCUUUACAACCAAGAUGACAAUCACCAAGAACUUGGCAACUUCCACAUCCGGGCCAGCUAUGUUGCUGAGGAGCGGAUUGAGGGCAGGGUGGCAGCCCUUCAGACAGCAGCUGAUGAAUACUACAAGGCCAAGAAUGAUUUUGCUGCUAAGGCCACAGAGGAGCAGAUGCGACUCUUGCGGUUGCAGCGGCGCCUGGAGGAUGAGCUGGGUGGGCACUUCCUGGACCUGUCUCUGCAUGAUACAGUGACCUCUCUCCUCCUUAGUGGGAGCAACAAGCGUGCUGAGCAGCUGGCCCGGGACUUCCGAAUCCCUGACAAAAGGUUCUGGUGGCUAAAACUGACUGCAUUGGCUGAUCGGGAGGACUGGGAAGAACUAGAGAAGUUUUCCAAAAGCAAGAAAUCACCCAUUGGGUAUCUGCCCUUCGUGGAAGUAUGCAUGAAGCGACACAACAAAUUUGAGGCCAAGAAGUUUGCUGCUCGAGUGAGCCCCGAGCAGAGAGUCAAGGCCUUUCUCCUCAUCGGGUAUGGUUUGGGAAGAGACUUGGAGGAAGAAGGGGAAGAGGCCAAUCUGUCAGAAUGUGGCAGGCAGUCUGGGCAUCUCUGUGACUUCCUAAGAAGCUGCGGGUGGGUGGUCCCCGCCCUCCCCCCCCAUCUCCUCUUCCUCUCUCCACUUUAGGGAUGUGGCUCAGGCUGCAGAUGUGGCCAUUGAACACCGAAAUGAGGCAGAGCUAAGCCUCGUCCUGUCCCAUUGCACUGGGGCCUCAGAUGGAGCGACAGCUGAAAAAAUUCAGCGUGCCAGGGCCCUGGCCCAGAGGAAGUGAGGAACUCCCACUCACCCCAAAGCUCUUUCAGAAGUAGCUUUGGAGGGGGAGAGGGAGCUGGGACUAUGAGGACCUGGUUGGAACAGAGCGUGGCCGAAGCUGUAAAUAAAUAAAGUCUAAGUUCUUCCUGCUC